CAGAAUCGCCUUCACUUUAAAUCCAAUCCUUUUGGCAUCCGUUCUAUCGCCGCGAUCUCUACUUCAGUAUUCUCCGCAGAGAAACGAACAAUCCGACCCAAAUUAUCAACUCAUUCGUAUCCGAAGAUGAACGACGCCGAUGUAUCGAAGCAGAUCCAGCAGAUGGUCAGCUUCAUCCGCCAAGAGGCCGAGGAGAAGGCGAACGAGAUCUCCGUCUCCGCCGAGGAAGAAUUCAAUAUCGAGAAGUUGCAGCUAGUGGAAGCCGAGAAGAAGAAGAUCAGACAAGAGUAUGAGCGCAAAGACAAACAAGUCCAAGUUCGGAAGAAAAUUGAGUACUCUAUGCAGCUGAAUGCUUCUCGGCUCAAGGUUCUUCAGGCUCAGGAUGAUUUAGUCAAUUCCAUGAAGGAGUCUGCGUCAAAGGAGCUUUUAAACAUUGGUGGUGACCAGCAAAACUAUGAGAAACUCCUCAAGGAUCUCAUUGUUCAGGGUUUGCUGAGGCUAAAAGAGCCAUCUGUGUUAUUGCGCUGUCGUGAAUCUGACUUACAGUAUGUGGAGCCCAUCUUGGACACAGCAAAGGAGGAAUAUGCCAACAAGGCAAACGUUCAUUCUCCUGAGAUCGUAGUUGACCAAGUCUACCUUCCACCUGCUCCUACUCAUCACAAUGCUCAUGACCGUUUCUGUUCUGGAGGUGUAGUUUUGGCUUCUAGAGAUGGGAAAAUUGUGUUUGAGAACUCUCUUGAUGCUAGACUGGAGGUUGUAUUCCGGAAAAAGCUACCAGAGAUACGCAAGAGCCUAUUUGGUCAGGUUGCUGCAUGAUGGUUGAAAUCGUAAUAUAUUUUCCAUCUCGUGUUUGUUUUCAUUCGAUAUCUUCUUCUGGAUAUUCUUGAUUCAAGUAUGUUGAGCGUGUGCUUCCCUUUCCGGCUUCCUCCUCCCAGAAUAUAUCUUAUUGUUUGAAAUCAUUGAAAUCUUAUUAUUCGUUCAACAAUUUAUCUGUAUUUAUAUCCAUCAUCAAUAAGGAGACCAACAUUUGUGGAAGAGAGAUAAUAAACAAGAUUGGGAGACGAUGGUCUUUCAGUGGAGUUAUGAAAUGACCAUGUUUCUUGUAUAUUUGCACGUUUGAUUAAUCAUGUGAUAUGAAUUC